ACCACAAUCGCUGGAGUUAUGCCCCGUGGUAACACGAACCAAGGGAGCCCACUCUAAUGUACAAAAAUAUGUAGGGAUUUCACAACGAACGUGUCAACAUUUAUUUCGGUGCUUUCUUGUUAUACUUACCUGUUUUGUCGACAACACAAGAAUCGACGGGUUGUUUUGGUGUUUUAACGUUCCGUGAUCACACGUAAAUACAGUAAUUCAGUAACUUCAAAGGGGAAAUUUGAAAUGAAUGUGGACAUUACCUGAUUACAGACCGUUAUUGACAUUUUGCCAUGGCUAACGAUGAACAGAUAGAAGAACUGGAGGCUCUGAGAUCCAUCUACGAUGCUGAUUUUUCAGAACUGACGUCAGUUCCUCCCUGCUUUAUGGUAAAACUAACAGACCUGUCGGUACAGCUUUCAGGUCAGGUGAAUAUUAAGUUCACGUUGCCAAAUGAUUACCCUGCCGAAAUGCCGAUGUUUGAAGUGCCAAUGAGGUCGCGAGUACUGACACCUGAUCAGGUGGCCUGUAUACUAGAGGAACUCCGAGCUUGUGCGGAAGAAAACAUUGGUAUGCCGAUGAUAUACAGCCUGAUGGAUGCUGCCCAAAACUGGAUCAAUAAGAACAUCACGGAGGUCACCGACAAUGACAAGGAGGGAGAAGAGAGUGUCGAGGAGGUGACCCUACACACAGUGAAACUGGAGGAGCCCAAAGUCAGCGGUGGUAGAUGGGAGUAUGUCAUCGGACUCGUGGGGAAACCUUCGGCAGGGAAGUCAACGUUUUUCAAUGCAGCCACCACUGUAGAUUUAGCCAAGACAGGAGCACACCCGUUCACUACUAUAGAACCGAAUAUUGGCAAGGCGUUCUACUCCAUAGACUGCCCGUGUGACCGACUGGACACACUGUGUGAUGCAGCACAUGGUCAUAACUUCCGGAGGAAGCGGCACGUUCCAGUGCUACUGAAGGACGUGGCAGGACUGGUUCCCGGGGCAUGGGAGGGUAAGGGACGAGGAAACAGAUUCCUCAACGAUCUAUUGGACGCCGAUGUGCUAAUCCACGUGAUUGACGCCUCGGGUACGACCAAUGAGAAAGGAGAAGAGUGUCAAGGAUACGAUCCAGCCAAUGACAUUCUCUGGCUGCACCAGGAAAUCCAUCAGUGGAUUUUCCAAAACGUCUGGAGUAGAUGGGACUCCGUAAUCAAACGUCCAUCUAAGCUGAUUGACAUGUUUACGGGUUACCAUGCCAACAGAGCUACCAUACACACUGCCUUACAUAAUGCUGGGAUAGGGGAUAGUGAGCUUGGUGGAAUAGCAGGAUGGAAGGAGUCGGUUCUACAUCAGAUCGUGGACCACUUCCUCCGACUCCGGUUCCCAAUGUUACUGGUGCUCAAUAAGGCGGACAAACCCGAGUCCACCGCCAUUAUACAAAGACUACAAACAGACAUGGCGGACUUUAAAUCUAUAGCGGUCAGUGCGAGGACGGAAUGUUUGCUCCAGAAACUGUCCAAAAAUGGCGCUGUGCAAUAUCAAUACGGAAAUGACCAGUUCCAGGUUCUUAAAGAUACACCCGACACCCAGCGGACAGUUGUAGAACUACAACGGGUCUCAGCAGACGUCUUCAAACGAUAUGGGUCGACGAACGUCCACGAGGCCCUGUGCGAGGCGGUCAGACUGCGGCCACCAACGUACGCUUUCCCUGUACAUUGCCUUGACACACUGCGAUCUGUUGGUCGGACCCCCCGCGAGGCGGUUUUACGCGACUGUGUAUCCCUCCGACCCGGAACACGAGUUGAGGAACUACACACAACCCUGUGCCAUUACCCGGUCAAUCUGCUGUCCGGAGACUUCGUUAGAGCUGAGACUUUGACGGAAGACAGAAAGCUGAAGCCGUUACGGAAGGACGAGGUGAUCACGACUUCCAACAACAUAUUAAAGAUAAUGACAAACAAACGCACCUCCUAACACAAGGCACUAUUUAUUGUAAUAAAAUAUUUUUUAACAUUCGUUGAGUUUAUGUCUAAUCGGUUUGAAGACACUUAAGUUCUUUUAAUGAGAAAG